GUACCGCUGGGACCGCAUAACAAAGAGACAACGUGUGUUCCUCUCGACUGAUCCGAGGUGUGGGAAAUCGUACCAUCCGCAUUCCCGGGGUGAUUCUACAACAUGUCGACGCUGGAGAAAAUCGCCCAGAUAGAGGCCGAGAUGGCCCGAACCCAGCGAAACAAAGCAACUAUGGGGCAUCUCGGUCUCUUGAAGGCGAAACUGGCCAAACUCAGACGUGAGCUCCUCACCCCGAAAGGAGGUGGCGGCGGCACUGGAGAAGGAUUCGACGUUGCGAAAACCGGAGACGCCCGAAUAGGUUUCGUAGGUUUCCCAUCUGUGGGAAAAUCUACCUUAUUGAAUACCUUGGCGGGCGUCUAUUCCGAAGUUGCUGCUUACGAAUUUACAACUUUGACAACUGUGCCCGGAGUCAUAAAAUACAAGGGAGCAAAGAUCCAGCUUCUCGACUUGCCCGGUAUCAUCGAAGGAGCGAAAGACGGAAAAGGUAGAGGUCGUCAAGUCAUCGCCGUGGCAAGAACGUGCUCGCUGAUAUUCAUCGUCCUGGACGUUCUGAAACCCCUCCUACACAAAAAGAUCAUAGAGCGAGAAUUGGAAGGCUUCGGUAUCCGACUCAACAAAGACGUUCCUCAGAUAACCCUCCGUAAGAAAGACAAAGGUGGAGUCAACCUUCAAUGCCUCGUGCCUCAGACCGAGCUUGAUCUCGAAACUGUGAAGGCAAUCUUGUCUGAAUACAAAAUCCACAAUGCCGACGUCGUUCUCAAAUACGACGCCUCUCAGGACGAUUUUAUCGAUGUCAUCGAAGGAAAUCGAAUCUAUAUCCCGUGUAUCUACGUCUUGAACAAAAUCGAUCAGAUCUCUAUCGAGGAACUUGACAUCAUUUAUAAAGUUCCGCACUGCGUACCGAUCUCGGCGCAUCAUCGCUGGAACUUCGAUGAUCUUUUGGAGAAGGCCUGGGAAUACUUGAAGUUGAUCCGAAUUUACACGAAGCCGAAAGGACAGCUGCCCGACUACGAAGCGCCAGUUAUCUUGACCCGGGAUCAUUUGACCGUUGAAGAUUUUUGUGAUAAGGUUCACCGUACCCUAAUCAAAGAGUUCAAGUGUGCUCUCGUUUGGGGUUCCAGCGUGAAGCACAAUCCACAAAAGGUCGGCAAAGAACAUGUUCUCUGUGACGAAGACGUUGUUCAGAUAGUCAAACGCGUGUAAAUACAAUGAGUCGUUGACUUGAAAA